AUGGGUUCUAAUCUGCCUUCGCAACCAAACCUGCGUGUUACGAUCAUCGCCGCCGACGGCUUAUACAAACGAGAUGUGUUCCGGUUUCCGGAUCCUUUUGCCGUUGCUACGGUGGGAGGUGAACAGACACACACUACCACUGUGAUUAAAAAGACAUUGAACCCGUACUGGAACGAGAUAUUCGAUUUGAAAGUCACAGAAGACAGCAUACUGGCGAUUCAAAUCUUCGACCAGAAAAAAUUCAAGAAGAAGGACCAAGGCUUCCUUGGAGUUAUAAAUAUUAGAAUUGGAGAUGUGAUCGACCUUGAUGUUGGCGAUGAUGAGAUGCUCACCAGAGACCUAAAAAAGUCCAAUGAUAACAUGGUCGUUCAUGGCAAACUGAUCAUAAACCUCUCAACCAACCUCACAUCCCCAAUACCAGCAAAUCAAGGCGGCCCAAGAUCCCACACCAAUACAAACCUUACACCUAGCCAGCCCCCGCCCGUUGCUACAUCCGCUUCUUUCCCGAAUCCCACUCCAACCGUUACCGAAACAUCUGUACCAGAACCUCCAACUGUCUCACAAGCACCGCCCCCCGCAAACCCCUCCACUCCUGCUCCCGCCACAGCCGUGGCUCCCGUAAACGGAACUGCAUCGCAAGUUAAUGGGAUGCCAAAUCAACACAGAAACCUAAGUUCUUUCGAGGAUGGCCAGGGAAGAUUGCCUGCAGGCUGGGAGCGCCGUGAGGACGGGCUAGGUCGAACCUAUUAUGUUGACCAUAAUACCCGAACAACAACAUGGACUCGCCCAUCCGCUCAUUAUAAUGAGCAGACGCAAAGAACGCAGCUUGAAGCUAAUAUGCAAAUGGAAAGAAGGGCCCAUCAAAAUCGGAUGCUUCCAGAGGAUCGAACUGGUGCUAAUUCGCCAGACUCUCAACAACCUCGCACUCCACCAGCGGCGAAUAACGCGACGGCAGUGCAAAUGAUGACCACGGGAGCGACCACGGCAGGUACGGGCGAACUCCCAGCCGGGUGGGAGCAAAGAUACACACCUGAAGGUCGGUCUUAUUUUGUGGAUCACAACACAAGAACAACCACCUGGGUCGAUCCUCGCCGACAGCAGUAUAUCCGUAUGUACGGCCCUGGAGCUAACGGAAAUAAUACCACCAUCUCCUCACAGCCCCUAUCUCAGCUUGGACCUCUCCCAAGUGGAUGGGAAAUGCGCCUCACAAAUACUGCUCGUGUAUAUUUUGUCGACCAUAACACAAAAACCACAACAUGGGACGACCCGCGUUUGCCCUCGUCACUUGACCAGGGUGUGCCGCAAUAUAAGCGUGAUUUCCGACGUAAAUUAAUUUACUUUAGAUCUCAGCCUGCGUUGAGAAUAAUGCCAGGUCAAUGCCAUGUUAAAGUACGGCGAGGAGCUAUUUUUGAGGACUCAUAUGCGGAGAUUAUGCGACAAAGCCCGUCAGACCUGAAGAAGCGUUUGAUGAUCAAGUUCGACGGUGAAGAUGGUCUCGACUACGGUGGAUUGUCACGUGAAUUUUUCUUCCUUCUUUCCCACGAAAUGUUUAAUCCCUUUUACUGCCUAUUCGAAUAUUCCGCUCAUGACAACUAUACUCUUCAGAUCAACCCGCAUUCUGGUGUAAAUCCAGAACAUUUGAACUACUUCAGAUUCAUCGGCCGAGUUGUUGGACUUGCCAUAUUCCACCGGCGAUUUUUGGAUUCGUUUUUCAUUGGCGCCUUUUAUAAGAUGAUGUUGAGGAAGAAGGUUACUUUGCAAGAUAUGGAAGGUGUAGAUGAGGAUUUCCAUAGAAAUCUCACCUGGACACUGGAAAAUGACAUCGACGGCGUGUUUGAAUUAACAUUUGCAGUUGAUGAUGAACAGUUUGGAGAGCACAAGACGAUUGACUUGAUGCCCGGUGGCAGGGAUAUUGAAGUCACUAAUGAGAACAAGAGACAAUAUGUCGAGCUGGUCACGGAAUGGAAGAUUCAGAAGAGAGUAGAGGAGCAGUUUAAUGCCUUUAUCACUGGAUUCAACGAACUUAUUCCUGCCGAUCUUGUCAACGUUUUUGAUGAACGAGAGCUUGAGCUUCUCAUUGGCGGUAUCGCUGACAUUGAUGUUGAAGAUUGGAAGAAACAUACCGAUUAUCGCGGAUAUCAGGAGCAAGACGAGGUUAUUCAAAAUUUCUGGAAGAUUAUUCGUUCUUGGGAUGCCGAGCAAAAAUCGAGAUUGUUGCAGUUCGCUACUGGUACAUCUCGUAUUCCUGUCAACGGUUUCAAGGACCUCCAGGGAAGCGAUGGGCCCAGAAGGUUUACCAUCGAGAAGUCAGGGGAUAUUAAUGCACUUCCAAAGUCACAUACAUGCUUUAACCGACUUGAUUUGCCCCCAUACAAAACACACGACGCCUUACUUAACAAGCUCUCUAUUGCUGUAGAGGAAACAGUUGGUUUCGGUCAAGAAUAA